ACCCGAAAAUGUGAGCUGAAAAAAUCCGAAAAAAACAGAUGCUGUCAGUUGUACGCUGAUACAACUUUCAAUUUCAUCUCCAACGGCGAUUCCUAUCUAGCGCUCGCCUGGGCUCCCCGGGAAAGCGAUCGUGGUUCCUCGCUGGCUCGCUCAACCCUGUAAAAGACUUAAACGAAAGACAAUUGAUUUGAAUGCUAAAAGCGUAACCCGAAAGCGACUCCUUCCUUAAGAAUCCUCACUUCCUCUGCCAAUCAUUUUCACAAACACCUUUGCUGCAAUAUAAUUUCAAAAUCCCUGAAGUAGUGAAAAUCCGACAGUAUGCUUGGAAGGUCAAUUUUGGAAUUACCACGUUGCCGAGGGGCUCCUUGGAGAAUACCCAGGCAGAUUAUGCCCCAGUGUUCAUCACCUUUUAUUUAUUCAAGAAAGCAAUUUUCGACUUCUUCUGGAGAAAAUGGUACUCCGAAACCUGAAUCGAAGAGUGGGCUUUCAAAAUUUGUCCUUGGAACUUCUCUUAUUGGUGGUGCUAUUUUGGUUGCUUACCAAACUGGAUAUUUAGAGCAAUAUGGCGCACGCCCCAAGGUUUCUAUUGAUUCAACGAAAACUGGUUUUGAUGAGAAAGAUGAAAAGGAUAUCCAAGUUGUUUCUUCUCGUGAUGAAGAAAUAAACAAAUUGACUCCUCAUGUGGACUUGCCUGAGCAAAAAGCUGCAACUAAUAUCGAUCUUCCUCCUGAGCCUGAAAUUUCAAGUGAAACCCAAGGUGAGAACCAUUCGAAUGUUGAAGAUAAGUUGAACGAGAUAAUUGAAGAAAGCACAACAUCUGUACCAGAAAAGGCAUUACCUGAAUAUUCUCAGAACAACUUGUCAUCUGCUGAUCACAGUGCAGAUACCGAUGCAUCAGCUGAGGGGAAUCUUAGAAAGGUUGAGUCUGAAACUGUAACGGCACCGGAGAAGGAAAUUCAAGAUAUUCCAUUGGAUACCCGAUCAAGUGCAUCCCUUGGAGAAGAGGAGACAAAAACUGUACCAUCUCCUACUACCGGAGUUAAGCUGCAGGAUAAACCCAGUAAAGAUAUAGAAGCUCCGAGUUCUCUUCUUGAUGCCUAUCACCUUGGGGAAAAGGCAGCUGAAGGCUACUUGGCUUCUCUAAACAGCAAAUAUGAGCAGCUUUCUAAAGAAAAAGAGGCUUUUGGUACAGCAGUUGAGGAACUUAAUGAGGGAUAUUUAUCAAAGGAUGGAAAAUUAGUUCUUGAUUUCCUGCAAGCCAUUCAUGCUGCUGAAAAGCAGCAAGCUGAGCUGGAUGCACGUGCUUUUGCUGAGGAAAAACGAGAAUUGAAGGAGAAAUAUGAAAAGGAAUUAAGGGAUUCAGGAGCCAGGGAACUAAUGCGUACAGAAGAGGCAGCUAUGUUGGAUAAGGAAUUGAAGAGAGAAAGAACAAAAGCAGCAGUUGCUAUAAAAUCCCUACAAGAGAGAAUGGAAGAGAAACUCAGGAUGGAACUUGAAGAAAAGGAAAGAGAAGCUGGAAUGAAUUUGAAAAAUGCACAGGAGCAAGGAAAAGUAGAACUGGUAUCUGCAAUUGCAAAUGAGAAAGCAGCACAGAUUGAAAAAAUGGCAGAAGCAAAUUUUCAUAUAAAUGCCUUAUGUAUGGCAUUUUAUGCACAAUCUGAAGAGGCGCACAAGAUUCAUUCUAUUCACAAGCUUGCUUUGGGAGCGCUUGCUCUAGAAGAUGCACUUUCCAAAGGAUUACCAAUCCAAAAAGAAAUAGAUACUCUAUACACCUAUCUUGAAGGCUUUGAGAAGGAUUCAGUAUUAGGUUUGGUCCUUUCAUCCCUUCCAGAAGAAACUCGGUACUGUGGAACAGACACUCUACUAGAGUUGAAUCAAAAGUUUAAUGGCUUGAAAGGAAACCUAAGGCAUUUCAGCCUGAUUCCACCAGGUGGUGGUGGUAUCCUGACGCAUUCUUUGGCACAUAUUGCAUCCUGGUUAAAGGUAAAAGAAGUUGACGAAUCUAGUGAAGGGAUCGAGAGUAUAAUCAGUAGAGUUGAAAAUUACUUGGCUGAAGGAAAGCUUGUUGAAGCAGCUUCCACUCUUGAGCAAGGUGUCAAAGGUAGCCAAGCGGAGGAGAUUAUUGGUGAUUGGGUGAAACGAGCGAGGAAUAGGGCCAUCACGGAGCAAGCAUUAACAGUACUUCAAUCUUAUGCUACUUGCAUCAGUCUUACCUAAUCUCCCAGUCCUGAAUAUUUGGUUCCCCUCUGGUAUGGAACUUUAAAACCUCAUUGAAUUAGCGGUUAAAGGUAAAGAAAUUUUCUGGCUUUCCUUGUCAACAUAACGGCAACCAUAUUGGUCUUUUUGCUUUUGGGAAACCUAUAUCACGAUUUUUUUUUCUUUAAACUGUGUAGAUCGUCCCCACGAUCCUCCAAAUAAAAUUUUGGUUUCCAUAUUUUUUAGAGGCCUUCAUUUUGCAAGUAAACUUAUGAUUAUUGUAAACAACAGGCGUUCUAUAGAGCCAAUUUCUUGUUCUCUUAUGAAGAUUGUAAUAACGAUGCAUCAUUUUCUUGAACA